AUAAAAAUCCGGACACCACCACGGGGGCAACAAACAAUAUUGCCCGUCCUCUAAGGUAACAAGCAGGCAAAUGUUUACGAAGAGGGCUCUUGCUGAAGCGGGGUGUUUGCAAAGAUUUUGUUGCUAAUUGCGUAUCAGACGGAAGGCUGCGGAAGGCUGGUCAAGUUUGGAGCCACCGAGCAGGAAGAGAAGAAGAGGAGAAGGCUGAAGGCGCUCAGUGAGGGGAGAGAUCUGGGGAAGACAACAUCGCACGCAGCCAGCCCGCGGCUCCCCGCCUCCGCUCCCUCCCGGGCUCGCUCGCUCUCUUCCCCCUUCCCCUGCGCUCCCUUCUCUGGCGACAUCUCGCUCCAUCCCUCUUUCUCCCUUCCCUUGCAGACUCCACUCCACAUCUGUGCUGCUACCCGCAAACUUUUUUUCCUUUAUCUUUUUCUUUAAUUCCCCCCACCCUCUCCCUUUUUCUUUUUGGAGUGGAUUCCCCUAAAACCAGCAAACAACUAACUGCUGCUUUUGCGUCUUCUUCAUCCCGCGGGUCCUUUGCCCAUCGGAGAGGCGAUGCCACGAGGGUUUUAACUCCUUUCGGCCGCAACUUGGGAGACAGCUCUAUUUUUACCCCCAUUUGAGGGGUCUUUUUUUCUUCUUUUUUUUUUUUUUUUUUUUUUUUUUUAAAGACCUGCCCUUUUAGUUUCGCAGACAAACGCUCUUAGUGCCGGGUGUUUAGAGUUUAAUGAGUGGCAAUGUGUAGCAAAGCGAUCCUAGCACUCCUGGUCUAUGGCAUAAUAAUGCACUGCAGCGUCUACUGCUCACCUGCGGCCGGACUUCAGUACCCGGCGCUCAGGCUGGAGGAUGAAGUCUACGACGAGGACGGGAACACCCUGCCGGACUUCGCCUAUGACCACGAGCCCCUCGGUAUAGCGAAUCCGUCCUCCGUGAUCGGCGAGAUGUACACCUUGUAUUACCCACCGGAAAAGAGGCACGCCGAUGGGAUCUUCAACAAAGCCUACAGGAAACUCCUGGGCCAGUUAUCCGCCAGGAAAUAUCUGCACUCCCUGAUGGCCAAACGGGUCGGCGGUGCCGGCGGCGGCCUGGGGGACGAGGCGGAACCGCUGACCAAGCGGCACAUAGACGGCAUCUUCACGGACAGCUACAGCCGCUACCGGAAACAAAUGGCUGUCAAGAAAUACUUAGCAGCCGUCCUGGGGAAAAGGUAUAAACAAAGAGUUAAAAACAAAGGACGCCGAGUAGCGUAUUUGUAGCGAUGAGUUACCAGCCACUCCUGUGUAUACAAAGUCCUGAGAGAGAGAGAGAGAGAGAGAGAGAAAGAGAGAGAGAGAGAGAAACCCAACAACAACAAAAAAAAAUCUAAACAAAAACAAAAGUCAUUUCCAAACUGACUGAACAAUCACCGCUCCUGUGUUAUCUAAACAUGUAUUUAUGUAUGAAGUAAAGCCAUUAAAUGAAUAUUUUGAUAAUAAUAUUGUUUUUCUUUUGUACAAAAGCACUAGAGAAACGCACAGAUCUACUUUGUGGACCAAUCAUUAAGUUAUAUAUAAUAUAUAAAUAUAUAUAUAUAAAUACUACUACGAAUACUAAAGAACAAUUCUUCAUAUAAAACCUGCACAAGAACAAGAAUUCGCCUGAGCUGUUUAUGUUUUUAUAUAAAAUAAAUAGAAAAAAAAGACAAUCAUUGUUUUGAAUAUUACUCCUAUUUUUGUAAUGGAAAUUAAAAGGAUAGUAUUUUUAUCCGCGACAGGGUCGAGGACAUUAAUUUUCACCAUUUGCUACUGUACAUAGAGAAGGAUGCCCUGCUCCCAGGGGAUUAUGAGGAAAAUGAUUUGGGAAAAUUGGUGAAGCAGAUUCUUCCCCCGGUGAGUCUCAAGGCAGGCUCCUUUGCCACUUUAGCCUCUCCGAAGGGGCAGCGUACCCUUUCCUCUAGAUUUCGAUUUAUUUUUUUUCCCUCCUGCUUUCUUUGAUUCCAGUUGUAUCUGUAUUAGUGUCUCCUCAAACAAUGAGCUUAGAGGAUAAUUCUCUUGUGAAAACAACAGCUCGAUCCAAAUUGUGCAUCUCUGUUGCCUAUUGGAGGGAGAAAUAGUUAAAACGACAACAACCAAAUUUCAGAACAAAACCAAAAAAAAAAAAAAGAAG